UCCUAGCCCGACUUUGCCUUUUGGAAAGCUUUCAGGUUGCAGCCCUGCCUUCCAGGCAUUCUUUAAACUAGAAAUGUGGGAGGGACAGAGAGAGAGAGAGAGAUGGCUAUCAACUGAAUUCAUUACUGUAAACAUCUCCCUGGGGUGUCAGGCAAGGAAAAGGGGGAGAAAAAGGCACGGCGUCCAUUAGCAGGGAAUAGUCAGAUUGGAGACCACAUUACUGCGAAGAUCAACCUGCAAAGCCCGGGCUGAAGGCAGGCGCUGGACUUUGAGAGAGCCAGCGGGGGGGAGGAGGUGGAGGUAGUACUGAAGCGCGCGUGCACGCACGCAUACACACGCGCGGGCACAUGCACGUCUGCAUGUGCCAGAUGCCUCUUGGGAUUUCUUCGAGUUCUGCUUGCCGAGGCUUUCUCCGCCCCCUGUGAGCCUCUCUCCCGCUCUCCGAGGACGGAGAGAAAACUGUCAGCGGGAUCGGUCAGGUUCCCGCCUCUUCUCAGUGCCUCUUUUCCUUUUGUAGUCGCCCUCCGCCUUGGGAGGUGGUGGGAGCAGCGGGCAGAGAAGAGAACGAGUGUGCCUGCCUGUGUGUGUGUGUGCGUGUGGGGGGUGUGCGCUCUUGGGGAUGCCGGAGCCCUGGGCUGCGCGUUGGAGGAGCAAGGGGGAGGAGGAUGCCUCCGCUGCCUCGUAAGAGAGGAAGGCGAAAGAAAGUGGAGGGGUCGCUCAGCGGAGCAGAAGCAGCAGCAGGCGGCGGCGGCGGCGGCACAGGCAAGCGCCACCAACCAGCAGGGAAGCGAAGGAAGAUCUCGCGGCGGGGCGGCGCGGCCGGGAUCCCGGCUGCAUUUCUGCACCGCGUUGGAUACCGCACACGAGGCAACAACGGCUACCGCGCAGGAGGCAAAGCUGUGGCGGCUGCCAAAGUUUGGCCGUUGUGGGGCCAAAGGCGCCCGGGGGAUUAUGAUCAUCCGAGUCGGACGAGGAUUCCCAGAGCCUCCAGAACAAGAUGGAGUGAUCACACAUGCAAAUUGGUGGUAUUGCGCUGAAGAAAGUGGCUUGUGGAUUGCAGUCAUUGGCUGAUGACCUGACUAAAUUACUCAACCGAGGUCUUAUUGAAAUGAAUAGGACAAGUGAGUAAUGACUAACAUGACCUAUUCAUUUCAAUGGGACUUCCAUUGAGUAAUUUAGUCCAUUAAACUUUGCCUUUAUCCUUGCCUCACUCUGGUGGCUCCACAGUUUCUUCAAUCAACAAGUUCAUCAUCAUUAGCCUGAUUACAACCCAGGGAAAGUGCUCGUCCUCUUCAAAUUUCUCCAAUCCAGCCUCAAGCUGAAAUGAAUGCCUUGCAGACUGAAGGAAGCUGUGUCCUGUCACCACUAACACCACAGUGAAAGGAAGUACGAAUCCAGCCAUCCUGUCUCCUGUCAGCGUUUGGUACCUUACAUUGCCUACUGACCACCUGCAGAGGACACAGUUCCCUUAUCAUUCAGCAUUCAUGGAGAGAGGCAGCAAAGUGUGCAAGCCUGGCUAAUAAGACAGCACACUAGGUUUAUCCCAGGAGCUUGUGGAUUUGUUUUUUGCACACUUCUUAGCCAGAGUGGGAGGCAGUCCAAUUAUAAACGGAUCAUUUUACAUUUUGCCUCCAGGACUUUACACCUCAUAGGACACAAAUAAAAUCUAUUUUCAUUUGAUUUCCUUUUUGCUAGUAUUUUUUCCUCUCUUUUUGAAUAUAUAUAUAUAUAUUUUUCUUUCUUUCGUUAGAAAUGGGCCCACGGACUAGAAUGUGGCUCGUGGACAGGGUUGCUUUCUUUAAGUCAUGGCUUGUGUUUUCCCUGGGGCUCUACAUGCAGUUCUCCAAAGCUCUGGCCUGUCCAAGUGUGUGCCGAUGUGACCGAAACUUUGUCUAUUGUAAUGAACGAAGCUUGACCUCAGUGCCUCUUGGAAUACCGGAGGGUGUAACCGUCCUCUACCUCCACAAUAACCAAAUUAAUAAUGCUGGGUUUCCUGCAGAACUGCACAAUGUCCAGUCCGUGCACACAGUCUACCUGUAUGGCAACCAGCUGGACGAGUUCCCCAUGAAUUUGCCCAAGAACGUCCGGGUCCUCCACUUGCAGGAAAAUAACAUCCAGACAAUUUCUCGGGCUGCUCUGGCCCAGCUUUUGAAGCUGGAAGAGUUGCACUUGGAUGACAAUUCCAUCUCAACUGUAGGGGUUGAGGAUGGGGCAUUCCGGGAAGCUGUUAGCCUCAAGCUUUUAUUCUUGUCGAAGAAUCACUUGAGCAGCGUACCUGUUGGCCUUCCAGUGGACUUACAAGAACUACGUGUUGAUGAAAACCGAAUUGCCGUCAUAUCAGACAUGGCCUUCCAGAAUCUCACAAGCUUGGAGCGUCUCAUAGUGGAUGGUAACCUUCUUACCAACAAAGGCAUUGCAGAUGGCACCUUCAGCCACUUAUCAAAACUCAAGGAAUUCUCUAUAGUACGGAAUUCACUAACAUACCCUCCCCCUGAUCUCCCAGGUACAAACCUACUGAGGCUUUAUCUACAGGACAACCAGAUAUCACACAUACCACUUUCAGCCUUUUCAAACCUCCACCAACUGGACCGACUUGAUAUUUCCAACAAUCAGCUUCGGAUGCUGUCCAAAGGGGUCUUUGACAGCCUUCACAACCUGAAGCAACUCACAGCAAGGAAUAACCCCUGGCUAUGUGAUUGUAGUAUUAAAUGGGUCACCGAGUGGCUCAAGUUAAUUCCUCCCUCCCUCAAUGUUCGAGGAUUCAUGUGUCAGGGACCAGAACAUGUCCGAGGAAUGGCCGUCAGGGAACUCAACAUGAAUAUGUUGUCAUGUCCCACAACUACCCCUGACCUGUCAUUUGUUACCCAAACUCCCACUACAUCCCUGCCAACCACAGUGGCCCCUACUUCAUCAGUCCUCACCCCCAGUAACAAAUACACCCCUCCCACCCCCACUGUAGCCACACUCCCCACUGUGCCUGAGAGGGACGAUGGAGAAAAGGUGACCCCACCCAUUGUCGAACGGUUUCAGCUGUCCAUCCACAUUGUGAAUGACACUUGCAUCCAAGUCAGCUGGCAGUCCCUUUUUAAUGUGAUGGCCUACAAACUUACCUGGGUUAAAAUGGGUCAUAGUCUAGAAGGAGGCAUCAUUCAGGAACGGAUAGUUAGUGACAAGAGGCAAAACGUCAGCUUGACAAGCCUAGAGCCCAAAUCCACCUAUCGGAUUUGCCUGGUCCCCUUGGAUGAUUUUAAUAAUUACCGAGUCGGUGAGGACACUGUCUGUUCUGAAGGCACCACCAAGGCUUCCCUCUUAAGCAAUGGGAGCAACACAGCUUCUAGCCAUGAGCAGACAACCUCCCAUAACAUUGGCUCCCCGUUUCUGUUGGCAGGCUUGAUUGGGGGGGCGGUGGUGUUUGUGCUGGUGGUUCUGCUCAGCAUCUUCUGCUGGCACAUGCACAAAAAGGGGCGAUACACCUCUCAGAAGUGGAAAUACAAUCGGGGUCGGCGGAAAGACGACUACUGUGAGGCGGGGACCAAGAAGGACAACUCCAUCCUGGAGAUGACAGAAACCAGCUUUCAGAUUGUCUCCUUAAAUAAUGAUCAACUCCUUAAAGGAGAUUUCAGACUGCAGCCAAUUUAUACCCCAAAUGGGGGCAUUAACUACACGGACUGCCACAUCCCUAAUAAUAUGCGGUAUUGCAACAGCAGCGUCUCAGACCUGGAGCACUGUCAUACGUGAUAGUGAGGGGUGGCAAGACACCUAACUAGGAGCAAAAACUCAGAGGGAGGAAACAAAAUAAACCUACUCACACCCAAGUAAAACAAAACAAAAUACAUUUGAUAAAUGUUACACAGAUGCGUUUGUGCAUUUGAAUACUCUGUAAUUUAUAUGGUGUACUAUAUAAUGGGAUUUAAAAAAAAGUGCUAUCUUUUCUAUUUCAAGUUAAUUGCAAACAGUUUUGUAACUCUUUGCUUUUUAAAUCUUUAAAAAAUAUAUAUAUUGCUGAAGUACUGUACAGGGUUGUACAAUAAGAACCCAAUGCCAUGGCAAAGGAAAGAACGCCUCAUUCUUCAAACAUUAAUCACUUUGCUUUUGGAGCUGUCUGAGGGAUACUGAUCCUUACAUCUUCCACUAGUUUAGGAGAUAAGUUUAUACUAAAGGGAGAAUAAUUAGGAAUGCCUAAAUUACAAGAGGUGUACAGUCAACCUUUUCUGUACACAUUGGAGUAAGUCUUGUUAAAACCUUGUUGGCCAUUUUUACCUGCUUCUGUACCUUCUGGUUCCAAGUUGAAGGGAUAGAAGGGGCUCUCUUAGGAUGAGUUCAGAUGACUUGUAGAAAAUAAGUUGGUGGAAUCUGGAGGUUCCUGGCGAGUAUGUGCAAAGCAGUAGUUCUGUGUCAUAUGAACCCAGAAAUGUUGGUUUACCAAAAUCAAGUCCCCCAACACCCGUCAUCUGCUGCCCAACUUCAGAUGUAGGUUACAGAUGUUGGGUGGCUGGCAGAGGGAACCCAAAAUUGGCAAUGACAUUGGCUGAAAUGAACAGAACUGCCAGCUUGUGCCAGGAGCAUGCACCAGCCAGGAUCUUCUAGUUCCCUCCUACUUACUUUUCAUGGGUCGUCUGAACCUGCCUAUCGUUUUUAAAACCAGAAAGACCCCCAUUUCCCCUUCCUCAUCUCUGCCAUUCUUUAUGUUAACAGUUUUUCACAAGAUGUUCCUCAUUUUCUUAUCCCUCGUCACAAAAGCUGAUAUUGAACUAUUCAUGGCAAACAAACAAACACCCCCCCCCCCACACACACACACAAACACACCCUCAAAAUGUGUCGAUCUUAGGAUAUUUUAAUUUUUUCCCCUUGCUAACCAGUUUUGUCAUGAGGAGUCUUAAGUCUACACCGAGGCCUUUCACUUCAGUUUUCUUGUAAAGCACACUUCUGUCGUCCUAGCUUGGCCGAACAAGGCUACAAAUUUAAUGAUUGCUUGCUGUUGGUUUCUGCAGUCCAAACAGAUCUGAGAUGUUGGCCAGAGCUGCAAGCAAUAUCUUCAUUUUAACCACUGAAAGUAUAAUUCAGAAGACAUUAAAGUCAGUUAAAGAAUUCCCUUUGCCGUUUCUCAACUUCACAUCUAUCCCUGGUUAAUCCAGUUAUCUGUCUGUGCCCCUAAACCCUAAAGGGAUACAGUGAGCCCUGGAGGGCAUAAAAAGUAGCCAAACCUUUUAGCAUGAGGUUUACUCAAGUUUUCCAGGGAGAUAAAACUUUCACUUCUCAGUUGAAUUGUAGCUGGGCUGAAGAUGAUGUAUCAGGAGAAAGAGUUGUUUCAACAAAUUUAUAGAAUUUGCGUUGCUGUAAGUCCAUGCUGCAUCCUUUGACAAUCCCACUUCCUUUUGUAGAACAAUGAUUUGUCUUUGGUCUUUGAGGUGAUAGUAUGCUCCUGAUUUUAUCUGUUUUCUUCCAACAUUCAUUUGAGAAUUUUGUUCAGUUUUGUACCUUUGCAAGUGACACUCUGGGAAUGUAUGCUGCACAGUCCCUAUUAAAAUGGAAACAACACAAAACAGAAACACCCUCACCUUGAUUUUAAAGGAGCCUAUGUAGGAGACGCUCUCGUAUAUUGUACCAACUGUCUAUGGCACAUCAUAACUGCAUAGAAAACCUGGUGCAGUGCUUAAUGUUAUGCAUUUGUCCAAUGCAAGUACAAAAUAGCCCUAUUCACACAUUAUGUUUAGUGCAUGUACAAUCUGUGUACAGUAUAUACAAGACAGAUCUUACGCAUGUACAGUUAUUCACAUGUUAUGAUCUACAGUGGUACACUUCCUGUCUAUAUCCUGCAUAUCAGGGGACUUGAACCCUGAACCCAGGUCCACUUUUAAAAUGAACACAUGUAUAGUCAUACACAAAAACAUCUAUAUGUGUACAGACACCUGUGCACACAUACAGUAUAAUGUCUGAAUAGGGCUACAGACUCUGAAUAUGGUUGGGUACAGAAGCACUCCUAGAUGUUUGGGGGGCACCAUUACUACAUAUACAACAUCAUAUGUUCUGGGAGGGCUUCUAUACUCACUAUGUACAGCCCACAUUAUACAUGUGGGAUGAAGUGUGAACUGACCCCAUCUGAUAUUUGUGCUUGGUCCUAGCCUUUUGCCCCCUCCCUCUUUAACUUUUCUCAUUUGACUCACGGUUUCUUCUAACCUACAAAGAAACCUACAAGAUCUCAAAACCCUGUAGAAGCAGAACACAUAUUUGUGAGUCAGCAGAUAAACUCACAUAAGAAAACCCUAUAUAACUUACUUACCUGAGGGAAGGGUGUGGUUUGUAUAAAACCUUCCUAACAUAAAAAAUAGGCUUCAAAAGUUGCCUUGGUAAAGCAGUAGGUCUUUUUAAAUUAAAGGUGAAACAAAAUUACUUUGUAAAAUGAGGAUUACCUGAGGUAUUCAGCUGAGGGGGUCCAAUCAUUAUGCUUUUUCUCCUUCACGAGUUAAAGUCUGUUCAACCUUCUCACAAAAUCUGAAAUGUCACAGCUUCUUCAAUUGCUUGGCAGCGUUCAUUCUUCGCAUCAAGGAGAUGGAUCAGCACUUUGGUGUAAGAUGGCAGAGUACAAUCAUUUCCCGAGGAAUUAUGUCCUUUCCCACCCAACACCUUUUAUAACCCAUUUUGGAUUUCCAUUCUAUAUUCUGUAUAUUUGCUAUUUUUCUCCAGCUAUAACAGGUAUUUUAGGCAACCUGUGUGGCUACUGUAAUAGUGAAGUCACUGAACCUUUGCUAAAUAAAAGGCUGCCGUAUGGUUUGAAA